GCAGUUGCAGUGGUGCGGAAUGGCUGACCUCAGUCUUGCAGACGCGUUAACAGAACCGCCUCCAGAAAUUGAGGGAGAGAUUAAACGCGACUUCAUUGCCACACUGGAGGCAGAGGCCUAUGAUGACGUUGUGGGAGAAACUGUUGGAAAAACAGACUACAUUCCUCUCCUGGAUGUUGAUGAGAAGACUGGGAAUUCGGAGUCAAAGAAGAAACCAUGCCCAGAUACUAGCCAGGGUGAAGGUACCCCAUCUUCUAAACCAGCAGCGCUAGCCAAUGGUGAUCAUGGAAUAAAAGGGAAUGACACGCCAGGGUUUCCGACUGAAUUCCUUGAAGAGAAAGUGGCCUACCAGGGAUAUCACAACAGCCAGAACUGGCCAGAAAAUACAAACUUUUGCUUCGAACCCGAGCAAGUAGUGAAUCCUGUGCAGACUGAUCCCUUUAAGAUGCACCACAGUGACGGCCUGGAAGAUUUGCUCUUUUUCCCCAGUGGAACAGCCAAUGCUUCAGCAUUUACAGAGCAGAGUGAUCCCCUGAAAGACAGUUAUGGUCUGUUUUCUUGUGACACAUUUGCUCCUGCAGCUGUUGUACCUCAGGGGUGGCCUGUGGAAGCCCCAAACUCUCCGCACGCAGGAGUCUUCAUUUCCCCAGAGGCCACACAACCUGUACAGCCCACAGCAGAGCCAGCCGAGGUGGUAGAAAUGGCAUCAUCAGAAGAAAGGGCACCAGCAAAAGCAUUGGAAAUAACGAUGGGACUGAAGGCUGAUGACAUGGCACCGUUUAAAGAGACAGAGAUGGCCGUGGCCAAGGACAUGGCACCUGCCACAAACACAGAGGUGGCAUUGGCUAAAGACGUGGAACUAUCUACCAAAGAAGAUGUGGCACUUGCCAAGGACGUGGAAUCAUCCAUCGAAUCAGAUAUGGCCAUAGUCAAGGAUGUGGUAUUACCCAUGGCAACAGAGGAAGCCCCAGCUAAGGACAUCAUGUCACCCCCAGAAACAGAGGAAGCCCCAGCUAAGGACAUCAUGUCACCCCCAGAAACAGAGGAAGCCCCAGCUAAGGAUGGAAUGCUAUUCAAAGAAACAGAGAGGGCACCACCUAUACAAAUGGAUUUGGCCCCAGCAAAGGGCUUGGUAACACCCACAGACAGAGAGAUGGCCCCUGCCAGGGGUGUGGUAUCACUCUCAGAAAUAGAGACGGCACUGGCUAAGGACAUUGGAUCAUCCACAGAAAUAUCCUCAGCCAAGGAGUUGGCCUUGGUCUCAGAAACAGAGGUGGCCCCAGUCAAGGACAUGGCUCUAUCUCCAGGCCCAGAAGUGGCCCUGAUCAAAGACACGGCUCCAGCCCCAGACAUAGAGAUGGCUCUGGGCAAGGAUGUGGCUCCACCUCAAGAAAAAGAGGUGGUGCUGGGCAAGGACAUGGCUUCACCCCCAGAACCAGAGAUGGCCCUGGGCACGGAUGUGCCUCUGUCUCCAGACACAGAAAUUGCGCUGGCUAAGGAGGUUAUACCACCCUCAGAAAGAGAGGUGGCACCCGUUCCGGUUAAGGACGUGAAAGCUGGACGGACACAGGAAGAAAUAAGUGAGGAUUCACGGUUAGAAUCUCUGCAGAAUGAGGGGCAUUCAGCUGCACCUACUUCCAUGAUUUCGCCAGAAGCGGUCUCAGCCACGGGCCAGAAGUACAACUUGCCAACAGAUGAAGUGUCUGUGUUAGAGAAACUAGAGCAAAAGAAACCAUUCAGCAGUCAACCUUCUGAGCUUUCUCCUGAGACCACAGGUACCUCUCCCACACAAGUCAAACAAGUGUGCAGACCCAGUGAUCGCAGGGCCGCCCGGCCCAGGCCUGCUAGGGUCCCUCCUGAGCUGCUGGGAGGCUCUUCUUCACGGAUUACUCUCGAUCCCGGGCUGGGCCCCUGCCCUUUAUCAGAGUCGGGUUGGGUCUCUGGUUCACCUUCCUGUGGUGAGCCUGGGAACCAAAGGAAAACUAUUCAUGGCGACUUCCUGGAGUCCCAGAGGGAUCUUGGCAGGGAGGCCUGGGCUCUAGAAAGCACAGCAAUGAUGAUGAAGAAAAAAAAGAAGAAACCCAAACAAAAAAGAUAUUCUCAACCCCGGGCUGGGGGACCUUGGGAUGAUGACAAUGCAAAAGAGCCUAAAGGUCACCCCUUUGCAGCUGACACACAAAAAUCAGAUGUUCUCCCCAGCCAGUCUACCCCUAUGGGCAUGGAGUAUGGACUGGCAUCCAGAGAAAACCUGAAAAAGGGAUGUGAAGUUGACUCCAGAACAGCCACACCGGUGGCCGAGAACUUUGCCUCAGAAAGUCUUAGUGUUCCUUUGUGUCCUUUGGAAGAACCCCUGAAAACUGCAAUACGUUCUCAGCCCAAGCUGACAGUAGAGGCAGAGGACAGAGGUCACAAGACAGGACCGCAGAGCCAAGAUAGGAAAUUGAUGCAGCAAGGUGAAUACGCUCCUGCAGAGAAAGGCCAGGCCAGAGGCUCUCUCAAACUGAAAGGGCCCCUGACGGAAGUUUCUGCACACGGAGUAGAAAGCCCUUUGGAGAUCAGACCCAAAGAGGGUUGCGUUCCUGUCUUGGACCAAGAGGCUGUGGCAGGAGUUUCAAAACCCAGAGCAGCAAAAGAACUGUCUAAUUCGAUACCCACUUUGACAGCAAGUAAUCCGUUAGAAAGUAGUCUGAAAGAAGGGAAUGAUGAAAGGAAAAUGACUAACCUGCAGCAUGAACGUGCUGGAGAGGUUAAAGAACUGAAAAAGGAAGACUUUCCCAAACCAAGACAAGAGCUGAGGAUCUCAGCUUCCCAGCAGCUGCAGGACAAGGAGGUAGCUCCGAUUCCUGGGCCGGGAAAUGAACCAUUUAAGAGAAUGGCAAGUGAUGGCAAAAGCAGGAAGGGAGGGGGAAGUUCUGGGAAAGUGAGAGCAAGUUCUGGGAAGGUAAGAGCCAGGCCUGAGCAGCUGUUCCUUCCAGACAACCAGGAGGAUGGCAGGGCUGUCUUUGGGCCUAGUGAGCCAGCCACUACCACCGGAAUAAUGAAUGCCGGGGGUACGAGUGAGGAGCUGAGGCUGGAUCCUUCAAAGCAACCGGGGAGCACGGCUGAUCUCCCUAAGGCAGUGGUGAGGGGGGAGCCUAAGGGGAUGACUGACCCUAGUGUGGUGAGCACCUUGCAGGCAUUGAUUCCUCUGGGGAAUGAGUCGGGCGUGGCUCAGACUUCCAGUAGUAGAACAGAAAGAGGAGCCGUGGCCAUAGAUCUGGGUGUCAGUAACCAGGGCAAGGAAGGAAGGUGUCCUUGGAUGGAUCGUGAGGCAGCUCCCUGGAUUUCUGAAAAGCCUAAAAAAAGAGGUAAUGAAGGCAAAAACAAAAAGGUUAAAAAUGAUUAUUCCACACAGCCAGCUAGGAUGGAGAGCAAGGAAGAAACCCUCAGCCCGCCCUUUGUAGGGAAGGGUGGAGGGGCUGGUGGCACUCCCCAUCAAAACAAGGAGUUAGGGCUCACGUUCCCCGUUAAUCAUGAGCCUGUGUUCUCACAUACAUCAGAUACCCCCACAGUGGAAAUAGUUGACCGAAAGGGUAAAAAUGUUGAGGUUAAUUCUUUUGAACUUGGGGCUCUUGGUGAAAACAAAAACACAGUCAAGGAUUCUGCUGUUACUGGAACAGCUACCAAGGUGACAGAUGUGAGCUGCCAAGACCAAACCCAGGGGCCAGGAUUUGUUCCUUCAGUACUGCCUGAGGAGUGUAAGACAGAUGCAGCCAAGGGACUCACUGCAGUGGCUGACAAACCAAACAAAAGGAGUAAGGAUGGCAAAAGUAAAAAGGUUAAAAGUAGUUUUCCUGAGAAGCACAUUCUGGAGAGUAAGACAGAUGCAACAAAAACACAUGUUGCCCUGGAAGCCACAGGGGUCCACAAAGUUGAAGGCAUGGGCUAUAUGGAUGAAAACAGAAACAUUACCUGCCGCAGAACGCCGUCAGGGGGGAUAAAUAAGUCAGCCCCUCUAGAGGCCCUGGAUUCAGCAGCCUCUGAAAAACCACCCACUCCUACCCCUCAGGUAGCAAAGGAAAGUGAUUCGUUUCCAGACACUUUGGCAGAAAGAAGGCAAGAGACAGCUCCGGUCCAGACUUCCAAAUUAUUAGCAGUAGAUAAUUGCAGCAAAGAUGGAGUCCCAGAUCAAGAAAGACCCUGGGCUCCCUCUGCUAUUACGCCCUCGACAAGCACAGGCGGAAGUGCCCUGACUUUUCCAGCAUCCGUAGAAACAAUUAGUAGUCCUGGAGAUAACCGUGUUAAGAAUAAAGGCGAGCUUGCUGGUCCCAUGAAAAAUGGAGCAGGGGUAGAUGGAGGGCACGUGACAGGGGAACCCGAGUUGGUGCCCAGCGGUGCAUCUAAGCAUUCAGUAGAGAAAAAAGCAGAACUAGCGAAGGGGCACCUUUCUGGAGUGCUGGUAGAAGAGCAGAGCCCACCAAGUGAGGUCAGAGGCCGAGAAGCAUGUGCAGAGAGGAGUCAUCUUACAGCACAGCCAGUAAACAAAAAGGAAGAGUGUGAGGAGGGGUCUGCUGCAGUGCAAGCGCCCAGUGUACUGGGAGGCGAAGCGCAAAAGCCCCGUUUCUGUGAGGACCAAAAUGCUGAGGGUGGGGCGUCCGGGGGCCCAGCUAGUGUGAAGGACGAGGUGGACAGGACUCUCUUGCCUCCAAAAAGUGAAAAGGACAAGUUGGAAGUAACUCAUCCGUCUUCAGAAAUCACAGAGUUGGAAGAUGUUUCCUUGCCAACAGCAGAACUCCGGUCAGAGUUGUUAGGUGGCGAAGUUGCAGCUACCCCUUCGAGGGUGGUAGAUAAGUUAGUAGCGACAGCCUCCAAGGUUCUUCAACUCCCAGACCCCAAAGAAAGGCUCUCUGAGGCCCCUGAGAACAUGACGGAAAAACUUGAACCAAAGGCCCCGGGAGAAGGAAAGAAGGAAGACAAAAACAGAAUGGCAGAAGUGAUGAAAGGCUACAUGAGACCCACCAAGUCCCGAGGACUUCCUCCAUCUUUGCCAAAACCUGCGCCCCAGGACCGAGAGAGAUCCACGCCCCCCAAGCGCAGCGGAAUAGCCAAGCCAGAAGAAGGACGGCCUCCUGUGAGCGUGACCGGAAAUGACAUCACCACCCCUCCAAACAAGGAGCUCCCACCAAGCCCAGAGAAGAAAACGAAGGUAGUUGCCAGAAUGCCUUUGGCCACAACUCAGCCUGCAAAGACUUCAACAUCGAAAGCCAAAACACAGCCCACUUCUCUCCCUAAGCAGCCAGCUCCCACCACUUUUGGUGGGUCGACUAAAAAACCCAUGAGCCUUGCUUCAGGCUCGGUACCAGCUGCCCCGCCCAAACGCCCUGCUGCCGCCACUGCCCGGCCCUCCAUCUCACCUUCAAAAGAUGUGAAGUCCAAGCCUAUUGCAGAGGCAAAGAUUCCUGAGAAGAAGGCCACGCCCACCAAGCCGGCCACGCCCUCCAAGCUGUCGGCCUCUGCCCCGGCCUUCAGGCCUGGCUCCAAGAGCACCCAGACUGUUCCAAAAGCCACAAAAGCGACAGCAGCUGCCUCUCUUGCCUCAGCUGGACCAAGCAGUAGGAGCAGCUCCAUGGCUCUGCCGAAGAAGCCCGCAGGGGUCAAGACUGAGGGAAAACCUACAGACGUCAAGAAGACAGUUACAAAGUCUGCGUCAGCUGACUUGAGUCGCUCAAAGAGCACCUCCAGCAAUGCCAUGAAGAAAAACGCCCCUGUCCCUGGGGCAGCCCCCCCAGCAGGCACGGUGCCCAGUCGAGUGAAGCCCACACCCACGUCUCCCCGGCCCUCCGGGACUUCUGCCGUGGACAAGAAGGCCACGUCAGCCAGGCCCACCUCCUCGGCCCCCAGGCUGAGCCGCCCACCUACCAGCACUUCUGCCCCUGAUCUGAAGAACGUUCGCGCCAAGGUUGGCUCCACGGAAAACAUCAAGCAUCAGCCUGGAGGAGGCCGGGCCAAAGUAGAGGAAAAAACAGAGGCAGCUGCUGCAGCUCGAAAGCCUGAACCCAGUGCAGUCACUAAAACACCUGGCCCAGGUGCGAAUGUGCAGAAACCGCCUGCGGGGAAAGUCCAGAUAGUCUCCAAAAAACUGAACUACAGCCAUAUUCAGUCCAAGUGUGGUUCCAAGGACAAUAUUAAGCAUGUCCCUGGAGGUGGUAAUGUUCAGAUUCAGAACAAGAAAGUGGAUAUCUCGAAGGUCUCCGCCAAGUGUGGGUCUAAGGCUAACAUCAAGCACAAGCCUGGUGGAGGAGACGUCAAGAUUGAAAGUCAGAAGUUGAACUUCAAAGAGAAGGCCCAGGCGAAGGUCGGGUCCCUGGAUAACGUGGGCCACCUGCCUGCGGGAGGCGCCGUGAAGAUUGAGACCUACAGGCUGACGUUCCGGGCAAAUGCCAGGGCCCGCACCGACCACGGGGCCGACAUUGUCUCCCGCCCCCCCUACUUCCCUGGUGGCCCCAGCUCGGGCCCCCGGGCCCUUGGGCUGCUCAUUAGACCUGUGACCGCUGGGGUGUUGGGCAGCCCUCUGGGGCCCUCCCUCUAGGGCCCGCGCAACCCCCCUCCCUCGCCCCCCCGCCCAUGUCGCUUGCCCAGGGCAGCAGCAGUCGUCCCCACACCUUUCACUCCCUGCCCCAAGCCCAGUCCUUGCGUUGCUCCUGUCCCAUCGUCGCAUCCCUGCUCCAGGGAAGGGUCUGGGGGGUGUGGGGUGGGAGAAGGGGGGAGGCUAACCUGGGGUCUGGGGCGUCUGAGCGAGGGGACUAGAUUCUAACUUCCUCUUUGUUUGGGUAUUUUUGGACCAAGCCCAAGAGAAACUGACAUACCCCCCCUCCUUGCUGGGUCCACCUGGAGGGCAGAGUGGGACGUCCACGUGAUGGCCUGGCCCUGACUGCGUCCCCUGGAGCCGCUAAGCCACUGCCUCUCCCUUUAACCCCACAAUGGUGCCCACCAUGUGGGUGGUGCCAGAUGCCUCUUGCCACCCUGCCCCACAUUAGUUAGGGGUCAGUGCUGCCUAUCCCCGCUGCUUGCCAUACCUGCCUAGCUGCUGUCAUACUUUUCUUGUUUUAUCCCUUUCUUUUUAAUAACCUAAAAACUGGUGGAGUAGUUUUGCAGGUUGAAGUCAUGUCUAAAUGAAAGUCCUCGGCAGGUGUUGAAGGAAACGGGGGGGGGGUGGGGGCAGAGAUCCUUAAGCUCCAGCCUGGAGCUCAGGCACUGGGGGCUGCCCCGGAGGGGUUAGCUCGGGCCCUGGAGGUGGCGUGGGCAGGGCAGUGAUGUGUGGGGACAGGCCUGGUGAGCAGGCCGGGCACGCUAGGGGCUGCUCAGUGUGGACUGGUGGUUCUGGCAUUUGGUGUGUAUGCUGCUUUUCUUUUCUAACCAAGAGGCUGGUUUUGGCAUCUCUGUCUCAUUCCUGGGAUCUGGUGGAAGAUACAAGGUCAGGGCUGGGAAGGGCCACGGAGGUCCAAAUCCUGCAUGCUUGCAGGCCUAGAGCACUUUGCCCUUCGCUGCCAGGGAGCCUGAGAGGUCCAGAAGUCAUGCGGAGAGUGGGGAAUCAGGUCCGGAGAUUGAAAAUAAAGGCAUGAGACUGAGGCCAUCCCAUGUCCCUGAGAGCCUGACUGGGGAGCGGGAGGGGAGGCGAGGCCGGCCUAUGGAGGGGUGUCCCAGUUAGUUAGGCCCGCUCUUGGGGUUGCUGCCAUGAGAAAUCCCGGGAAUCGUAUUGGCAUGAAGAUCUUACUGCACUUGUAUUUUUUGUAUUAAAGUUUGCAUGGUUUCUAAUAAAGGAUUAAAACCUACCGGUUUGUAGUGACGUGGCCUGAGUGGAGGCCCCUCUGGAAGCACUUUCUGCAGUGUGGACAUUGCCCCUCACCCUCUGCUCCUGUCCCCACAGCUGAGAAGGUAGGGGCUGGUGACAUAGGUUCAGGUUUGAUCUCCAUGCAGAUGGGAGCAACUGGGGGGGGGCAGGUCUCCCCAUUUCUGAGGUAGCAUUUCAAUGCUGGGGAGGUUUGCCACAACCCCAGCUCCGAGCACACACCAGGAAGUUGCAGGUCUCAUGGAGAAAGUGCUUCCGGCGCAAGACUGUCUUCAGGAUGGGAGCUCAGGGCACCCUUGUCCUGUCAGCAAGAGGGGCGAGAUGAAGCUGUGGGGGUGGGGCGCGAGGCACCACGGGUGACGUGCAGCGGUACCUGUGCCCUCCCUGUCACCCUGGGCCAGAAGGAUGCUGUGGCUGACAGGCUCCUGGUCCUGUCACUCCUGCAGCCAGCGGUUGGGGUGGGCGUGAGCCAAGCAGAGCUAGCUCUCUGGUGGCCUGGUCACAGCUCCCUCGAUCUGGAGGCUGAGGCGGCUGCCCUGUCAGAUGAGGCCCGGAGGCCCAUGUGCUGUGUCCACUCUGUGGCCACCUGGGGAUGGGACAUGGAUUUCUGUACUGCCCGAUUCGCUUCCGGUUCAGCCACUACCCGUGUCAGUCUGAUUCUGUUGUAACGAUUUCAAGAGUAAAUAAAGCUCGUGCCCUCCCA